AUGGAGAUUCCUGUCCUUGGUGGUUAUACUGUAGAACAGGGAAGGUAAAUUAUAACAUUUUGCAACCAGAUUCAGUUAUACACAAUUAAGAUAAAUGGCUGUUUGAAAGGAAAACUUAUUUACUCAUUAAGAGACUAUACACUGUGUCAGUGGAUCGGUUACUUAAAGUAGUAAAAAGUAGUACAAAAAUCUUUUGAUCUUCAUGGAACAGGAAUUUUUAAGAAACAUUUACUUCUGAAUAUAGAAAAACACACAGAUUCAGUGGGGAAAAAAUAAAAAGAAUAUAGUUAUCCUUUUAUUACUCUUCGGCUCUACUCUGUGACAGAUGAGGAUUAUAUCCCUCAGGUAGUGAACCAGAUAUCAGGUGACAAAAACACAGCCAUCGUCAUUACCCUUGGUCAGCACUUCUACCCUUUCUCCAUUGACAUUUUUAUUCACAGGGCCAUGCAUGUCCAAAAAUCUAUUGAACAACUGUUUCUAAGAAACCUGGCCACAAAAGUCACCCAUAAGACAGAAAACAUCAGAGAGAUGCACACAGAGACAGAGAGUUUUGGGGACUUUAUCAUGAAGGACAUUGUGAAAGAUCUCAGUGUGGGUGUCAUCGAUGGCUGGGACAUGACCAUUGCAUGUGGUACCAACAAUGUCCACCCACUUUAUCAUGUGAUUGAAAAUCAAAUUAACUUGUUCUUUAAGUAUAUUUGCUAA